GGUCUUCUAUUUGAUCCAACUUGCCCAUACAGCAAACCAAGGUGGCGGCCCCCACAACAAACCAAAAAAAUUCUCUCUAAACAAAUUAACUUCCCAAAACAAAAGUGUGUUUGAAUGUUGUGUAGCAGUUAAUAUAAGUCCUUGUGUGACAGCUAGCUUUCAUGUUGAAAAUUCCUUGUUUUCACACUCUCAUAUUUGUUUUUCUUCUCUUACGAUCCCUUCCCUUUGCAACCCCUCUCUACCAAAUUGAAUUAUUCAACUUUUAGCUGCUUCUCUGUGUUCAUGGGUUGCUUCUUUAGUGCAACUGCAAGGAUCAAAGCUGAGAGCCCUCCACGUAAUGGUUUGAAUUCAAAGGAUGGUGGCAGAGAAGAGGAUGGUUUGAGUGGUGUAAGCAGCAAGGUGUCCUCUUCAUCUUUGCUUGUAAUUCCUCAGACUGAGGGUGAGAUAUUGCAGUCCACCAAUUUGAAGAGUUUCACAUUCAAUGAGCUAAGAACUGCUACAAGAAAUUUUCGUCCAGAUAGUAUGGUAGGUGAAGGUGGAUUUGGUUGUGUUUAUAAGGGUUGGAUUGAUGAGCAGACACUUGCCCCUACUAAACCUGGGACAGGAAUGGUCAUUGCUGUGAAGAGGCUUAACCAAGAAGGCUACCAAGGCCACAGUGAAUGGUUGACAGAAAUCAAUUACCUGGGGCAGCUGCGUCAUCCUAAUCUUGUGAAACUAGUGGGUUACAGCUUAGAGGAUGACCACAGGAUUUUGGUGUAUGAAUUUGUGGCCAAGUGUAGUUUGGAUAAUCAUUUAUUUAGGAGGUCUUCUUACUUUCAACCACUCUCUUGGAACAUCCGUAUGAAGGUUGCUCUCGAUGCUGCCAAGGGUCUGGCAUUUCUUCACAGUGAUGAAGUAGAUGUCAUAUUUAGAGACUUCAAAACUUCUAAUAUCUUACUUGAUUCUGACUAUAAUGCAAAACUCUCUGAUUUUGGGUUGGCAAAAAAUGGACCAACAGAUGAUAAGAGCCAUGUCUCUACAAGGGUAUUGGGCACCUUUGGCUAUGCAGCUCCUGAAUAUAUAGCCACAGGGCACCUAACCAAAAAGAGUGAUAUAUACAGUUUUGGAGUUGUUCUCCUUGAAAUUAUGUCAGGAAAACGUGCAUUGGAUAAAAACAGGCCAAAUGGGGAACAUAGCUUAGUUGAAUGGGCCAAGCCACUCCUCACAAGCAAACGCAAGAUCUCACAAGUUAUGGAUGCACGUAUAGAAGGCCAAUACUCAUUGCAUGAAGCAAUGAAAGUGGCUCACCUUGCAAUUCAAUGCCUAUCUGUAGAAACAAAAGUUAGACCAAACAUUGAUGAGGUGGUGAGAUCAUUGGAACAACUUCAGGAUUCCAAAGACAAAGUUGGUGCUGUGGGAAGUUCUCAGCUGCAAUAUCAAACUUGGAAAAAAUAGCAAUAAAUCUUCAAAUAGAUAAGGUGCAUCUAUUCCAAGUUCAUCUACUUCUCCUCUUCAUACAUAGAAGAGGAAAUACAUGGGACAUAUUACACACCAGUUUUCAUUGUUUUGAUGAAAUAUCGAGAUGGAACUUUGUAUAGCAUGAAAUGAAAUCAUGUCUGGUUGCUGUACAUAUUUUGGUUCCUUAAUAUUAGUUUAUAUAAUAUAUUUGGAUCAGAGAUUGGAGUUAAGGGCUUUCUAGUGUUUUAGUUCUUAAGAUAAUACUCAAAAAAGUUUAAAAU